CUCCGCGACGUACAGUGUAUACGUACGGAUUCAGGGUCAGUCGACUCUAGUGAUGUCUUCAGCUGAUCGUCCUUUGCGAGACCUUCUUAAGCUGCAUUACGAGUUUCUAACUAAAGAACUUGACGUCCGGUGUCACAUCGCUGCUCUCUUCCAAAGAAACGUCAUUAGUAGAAAUGAAAAGGAGACCUUGACAAGCAAACAAGUCAUACAUGAACAGGCAACGUAUCUCAUAGACGCACUGCUACGUCGAGAUGAGGAAAAAAUUGCAACAUUUCUAGAAAUCAUGAAAACAAAUGAAGAGCAACCACACAUCUACAAGAAACUGUUUCCUAGACACGAAUCUACAGAAGAGGAGACACAGGGUCAAGAUCAGGUCCGACAUCAGAAUGUGGAAGCACUCACUAGCUCACUGGCAGAGAAGGAAUCCCAAUGGGAAAAACUGACGCGUAGUCAUCCAGACGUCCUCUCUGCACUGCGACCUAGCCUGUUCUUGGAUCGUAUUCGGGCAGCUGGUAUACUUAACCAACAAGAACAUCAAGAACUGCAGAAUAAGUCAUUGACUGAAAGAGAUCGGUCCCACAGGCUUGUUAAUAUUCUUCAUGAAAAGGGAAGCAAAUCAUUUGAGACGUUUUGUGACGUUGUGUCUUUUGUGGAAGGUCAGAGCCUUAUUAUUAGUGAAAUGAAGCUGCAAAUUGUGCCCUUGUCUUCUGGUCAUGCCAGUGAGGUUACAAGUUGUGAUGAACAGACUGAUCAAAGUUGUGAAUCACCCAAAAACAAGAAAUUCAUUGAACACUCGAGUAUGCCUGGAGACCUGUACAACAAGAAGACAAUUCCGACUGCAACGUUUAUCUUUAGAGAAACAGAUCAAAAUAUUGUCAAGCUUUGGGAGAAGACAAUAAGGAAACUGUGUCAAGAAUGCUUUGAAAUAGAGGAUGAUGAUGUUGUGUUCUUGAACUCCUUACCACCUGAUGGUCAAUCAUUUCCAAAAACCGCUACUUUUAUGGGUGACUCAGACUACAAGGUCGCUGUACUUCAACUUAAUGGUGUGUCACCACAUUUAGUUCAGAAGCACAGGGAUCGGUUAGUUUCACUCAUUGCAGGUUUCUUGAAAGUGAAAAAAGAUCUCAUUCAUUUCUUGGAAGUGAUUGAGGGAUCAUCUCUUGUGCUGCUGCAAAUUCGACUGGAUGCAUAUCUCAGCCUUUUUGCUGCACUUGGAAUGAAGACACAGUGUAGAGCUCUGUUCAGCAAAUUGAAAGAAGCAUUUCCAGGACUAUUAAUGGCCAAGUUCAGACUAGGUGGUUUGCCAUCAAUACAGUUGAUUAAUACGGGACGGUCCAGUAUUCAAAUCGUGUCAAACAAAGAUUUUACUGGAAGGUGUGAUGUUGACAUUAGAAUAUUUGUAACACAUCAGAUGACAUUCUGUUUGGAUCACCUCAGUCAUAGUGCAGAAGAAAUUCACAAGAAACUGGAAGUGGGUUGUUUUCUUGACGUGGAUGAUAUAGAUUACAGCCUAGAAGCGAUCAAAGAACAAGUAUCUCAGUUGACAGCAGAGUUCAGUUCUCAAAGUCCAAGCAAGGCAAAGUCCAGUGAAAAAAUAGAUUUUGACAUUCUUGAGCAAAAUGUUGAUUUGAGGCAUAGGCAACUUGGAGAUGACAUAAAUAAAAUGGGUUUAUUGUCACAGCAUGUUGAGAGGACGUUAAGUAUGAUGAGGGAGCGUACACUGAAGAAAGAAAAUUUGAUUUCCAGUUGGGGAAACUUUGAAGAUCUACAGCACAGACUGAAAAGGGUGUCUGAUUUGUUUACAGUCUCGACUGAUCAUGAGGAAAUAGUCUCCAGGCAGAGUGACAUUGCAAGCUCCAAGAAAGCGGGAAGAAACACACGGAGAUUUAAAAAGGUCAAGCGCAAAUUUGUAAUAGACUCAACACCGUUUGGAAACAGUGCAGUCGUGAUUCUAACUGCUCAAACACCCGUGGAGGUUCAUAGUGGGAACGAAUGCUCAUAUUUCUAUAGGAUUACUGGAUUACUGACGCAGUCGCGGCGUGCGCCUUCUCUGCAUCUAUCUCAUACAUUGAAAGCUGCAAGUGAGGUCUUGACUAAAAUACGACGUGAAGCCGAUGAGACAAGCACACAGUGUGUACAGAUGGACAUCUGGGUACAUGUCGGCCGGCAACUGAUUACCAAUGUGCAUAAAAGUGAAGCACUUCGCAGUUAUAAUAUUGGGCAAGUGAUAUGGAAGAUGAAACACAGUGAACAUGGAACCAAUUGGACAAGCGUUUUCGAAUCGGGAUUUCAAGAACAGGAUUGGUUUCCUUUUUGCCGUUUUCUUGAGGAGAAUGCUGCGUUGAUACACUCGACUACUCGCCAUGACAUGAAGUUUACAACUCCAUCACAUCGAGUGCGUCGUUUCAAGGUCUGGAUACCCGAAUACCAGACAGGUGGCACCGACGACGUCGAUCCUUCGCAGCAAGAAUAUCUUGAAGGGGGAAGGAAAGUGGGUUGUGGUGUUCUUCUUUUUCCAGACACUAAGAGGCUGAUAGCAGAAGUCUCCAUGCCAUAUUAUCCGCUUGACUGUCGUUUACUAAUCCAAACAGGGAUAAUUGACGUUACCGAUCAAACGGAAGAAGAAAAGAAAGAAGACGCCAUUUUGAGUCAAUAUUACCUCGAUAAAUUUCGCGUCGACGGCAAAAGCCUACAGGUGCCAUCUAGGUGGCUUCUACCUCCUAAAUAUCGACUAAUUUACCACAGAAGGUGUGAGCGAGAUUAUUACCGGUAUCAAGGUUUUGAGUUGACCGUUUCAAGGGAGAAGAAAAUGCACCCGGAGUCGCCGGAAAACAUUGAUGUUCACAUUCGCAGCAGUAAAUGUGAGGACCUACGACGACAGAAUAGAGGACUGGACUGGAAACCGGGAGAAAUUGUUAGCUCUAUUCCAGAGAUGCUGGAAUGUGCAAAGAGCAUCCUUUCGAAAGGAGGAUUAAUGACUGUCUAACAGUAUCGUUUAUACUAUAGCCUAGCGUUACUUACGAAGUGCCAAUUUGUGUGUACAAGAACAAACAUUUCGACAACGGCAAAUGUUAUUUGACGUGCUGAAGUUUUCUAGAACUGGAAUCUUCGUACCCGCUAUUGGGAAUGACUUUUUUCAGAACAAUUGCAGCAGCAUGCAGUGGCGUCGUUGCAUGGGCCUAAAAAACUUGGGAUACCAGCUGCGGGGUUGCUUGAUUAAGUGAUC